UACGGAAGAUUGUGUGUACAUUUAGGGUAGACGGAUGUGAGACUCCCUGUCUAAAGAGCUCCACUCAUACCACAGCGACAUGAUGUACGCAAGACCUUGCAUGUAACCUGCGUCACUGAUAAGGCGACGGAGGGUGACUUAGACCUCUCUAGCACGGUAAUCCCAGAAAAGGCAGCUUACCAGAGGUGUUCAAACAACCAGACAUGAUCAGCUGAUUGCACACUCCACCGUGGAACUGGGCGUGCAGCGAUUACGGUAGUCGGUGCUGUCUCUCGACAUCAGGUCUGUCUGAUGCGUCAACUCAUCGCAAGGUCGCCAGGUGCAAGAUCGUAGCGACAGUCGUAAGACAAUCAUGGAGAACGAGUUGCACAAACGGGACAGGGUUGGUGUUCAAGACUUUGUGCUCCUAGAGGAUUUUACCAAUUCUGAUGCCUUCAAUGAGAACCUGAAGAAAAGGUUCCAGGGAAAUCUUAUCUACACAUAUAUUGGGCCUGUAUUGGUGUCCGUCAACCCGUAUCACCAACUGGACAUCUACAACGGACUUUAUCCACACCCACCACACAUAUAUGCCAUUGCAGACGCAGCAUACCGCUCGAUGCGGGGGGAGUCGGUGGACCAGUGUGUCCUCAUCUCGGGGGAGUCAGGGGCGGGCAAGACGGAAGCGUCCAAGAAAAUCUUACAGUACAUCGCAGCCAGUAGCACACAUUCCAACGAGGUGGAAAGAGUCAAAGACCGACUCCUCCAGUCCAACCCCAUCCUAGAGGCCUUUGGAAAUGCGAAAACAAACAGAAAUGACAACUCCAGUCGUUUUGGGAAGUAUAUGGACAUACAGUUUGACUACAAGGGUGCACCUGUUGGAGGUCACAUCCUGAACUAUCUGCUGGAGAAGUCACGUGUCAUCCACCAGGCAUCAGGAGAGCGCAACUUCCACGUCUUCUACCAGCUCCUUACAGGGGCAUCUGAUGACACGCUUCAACGACUCCAUCUCACACGCAACCCACAGGAUUACUUCUUCCUGUAUCAGGGUGAGAGUGUGAUGGCCGAGUCGGUGGAUGACAAGAAGAGUUUUAAGAUUGUUCAGCAGGCACUCGACAUCUGUGAUUUCAGCAAGAAGGAGCAGGAGGCUCUCUUUUCAAUCAUCUCAUCUGUCCUUCACCUUGGAAACCUGGAAUAUCAGACCAGCGUUGAUGGUUUGAUCAAGAUCAAGGAUCUCGAGGCAGUGUCACACAUAGCAAAGCUCCUGGACUGUCCCGACGACGUCCUCAUCUCGUCUCUGUGUAACCGGACCAUUGACGCACGAGGGGAGAGGGUAAAGACUCCCCUGUCACAAGACCAGGGGCUGUAUGCAAAGGAUGCACUGGCUAAAGGCGUGUAUGACCGACUCUUCACAUGGAUAGUCCACAAAGUCAACUCUUCACUAGCAAACAAGGGGAAGUACAAAUGUAAUUUAAUGGGCCUGCUUGACAUCUAUGGAUUUGAGAUAUUUGGUGUAAAUAGUUUCGAGCAGUUCUGUAUCAACUUCUGCAAUGAGAAGCUGCAGCAACUUUUCAUCCAGCUGACCCUCAAGUCAGAGCAGGAGGAGUACCAGCGGGAAGGGAUCGAGUGGGAACCUGUGCAAUAUUUCAACAAUAAGAUAAUCUGUGAUCUUGUUGAAGGAAAACCAUAUGGAAUAAUAGCUAUUAUGGAUGAGGAAUGUCUUCGCCCUGGAGAUCCAACUGACCUUACGUUCCUGGAGAAGCUGACGGAGACAAUCGGCAGCCAUCCCCACUUUAUAAGUCAUAAAACGGCAGACACUACCACCAGAAAAACCAUACAGAGAGAUGAGUUCCGGUUAAUCCAUUAUGCAGGUCAUGUGACUUACAACGUACGAGGCUUUCUGGAUAAGAACAAUGAUCUUCUGUUUAGGGAUCUGAAGGAGGCCAUGAGUCAAACUGGCAAUAUAAUAACCUCCCAGUGUUUCCCCACGGCCGAACUGCUGAGCAAAAAGCGGCCUGAUACAGCAGCGACCCAGUUCAAGACGAGCCUGGCUCAGCUGAUGGAUAUUCUGAUGUCUAAGGAGCCGUCAUAUGUCCGCUGUGUCAAACCUAAUGACCACAAACAGCCAGGUGUGUAUGAUGACCGCAUCGUUAGCCACCAGGUGAAAUACCUGGGUCUGAUGGAAAACCUCCGUGUCCGGCGAGCUGGCUUCGCCUACAGGCGACCAUAUGAAGUAUUCCUCAAGAGGUAUAAGUGUCUGUGCCCCUCAACAUGGCCGACAUACCAUGGACCGGCAAAGAAUGGAGUAGCUAUGCUGGUUCGGUACCUGAGGUACGAGGAUGACGACUACAGAAUGGGCAAGUCAAAACUUUUCAUCCGAUUCCCACGUGUCUUAUUUGCCACCGAGGAUGCCUUCCAAGUCAGGAAACAUGACAUUGCCACCAUCAUCCAGUCCAACUACAAAGGCUAUGCACAGAGACAGAAGUACCUCAAGUGGAGAGUUAGUGCCAUAUUGCUGCAGUGCCAUUGGCGCCGUGUGGCGGCACAGAGACUGCUGCAGAGGAGGAAAUGGGCCGUGCAGGCGCUCAGGAAAUUUAUCAAGGGCUUCAUUCUCCGCAAGAAGCCAGCCUGUGAGGAGAACAGAGAAUUCAUCAAAUACACCAAAGUCAACUACCUGCAGCGCCUGCGGGAAACUCUACCAAAGAAUGUCUUGGACAAGAAGUGGCCGCGGCCACCGGAACUACUUGUGGAGACAUCAGAAAUCCUGAACAAGCUAUACAUGAGGAACAUGGUCCUCAAGUAUGUGAAGAGAAUCUCAGCGGAGAGGAAGUUCCAGUUCCAGCAGAAGGUGGUAGCGGAGAAGUUGUUCAAGGGAAAGAAAGAGUCCUACCCCUUCAGUGUAAAGGACCCGUUUAUUGACAGCCGGCUUGCCGCCCACCAUGAGUCCCUGAAGAGCGGCAUGUUCGACAUCAAUGUGAAGCAGCCAAACGAGACGGUCAGGUAUUGUGCAGCAGUCAGCAAGUAUGAUCGUCAUGGUUACAAACAGCGGGCAAGAAUCCUCAUUGUCACAGAUAAGAAUGUUUACGUUCUUAACGAGAAAGAUUUCAAGGUGAAGGACAAACUCUCCUACUCACAAAUAACAGGAAUCCUGGCUAGCCCCUACACUGAUGGCUUGUUUGUGGUGGUCGUCUCACUAGCAGAGAAUGGGUCAAAGGGGGAUCUGAUACUGCAGAGUGACUAUGCUAUUGAGGCCAUCACCAAGAUUGCUAUGUCUGGCAACAAGACGGACGUUGUCAAGGUCGCCACAGAGGGAAGCAUCAACCAUGACCUAGCCAGUGGUAAGCAGGGCUGUAUAGAGUUCACCAAGGGCCAGAUCUACAGCAUCAAAAAGGGCAAGAAUGGACAGCUGUGUGUGGUGGCCCCACCAUUGAAGUAACAAGUGGUAACACGUUGCCAUGGAACACGGUUUACAGAUUGUCACGGAAACACUGACACCAGAAAUAUGCAACUGGUUUGUUCUGUGAAUGGACUAUGCAGUAGGCUAUCCACGUAUCUUGACAUAUUUUCAGUUUACAAUCUUAACGAAUACACAUUUACAAAAAGGACCUACAAGUCACUGGGAAUCACGUUGUUACAGGUGAUUUUCAAGCAGGUCUUGCCCAGUUACUGUUUUAAGCUGAUACUGCCCUAUAUAUUGAUUUAUGUACACGAAUCUAAGUCGGCCUUAUUAUCUAUUGAUGUCAGUCCAUUUUCAUGCUUCCAUUGUUCCAUGUCAACAUAAACUGGGUUAUCUUCCCCUGAGUUUCAGCAUUUCACCACCAGGGGGCAGUGCUUGGGCAGACAUUGAUGUGAAAGUGUCCUGGAGAAAUUAUUUGGCAAAUAACCUUCGAAUAUUCAUGUUAUUCUUUGAAAACAAAACAUAUAAAGGCAGUAUUUUGUUCAUUUUACAUCAACUUUUAUCAGAAAAUAUGGACACUAGAUUUAUGUUUUUUUCUCUGCAGACGGAAAACUAAUAGGUUAGGCGAAAAAG